AUGGGAUCUAGAGAUUGGUUCUCCAACUUUAUGAACAGAAAUCCAACAUUGUCAAUUAGAGUGCCAGAGGCCACAAGUCACGCUAGGGCCGUGAACUUUAACAGAGUCAACGUUACAAAAUUCUUUGAUAAUUUAUCUAAAGUUAUGGAUAAAUAUCAUUUUGAAGCCGCCAACAUAUACAAUGUAGAUGAGACGGGGGUUACCACAGUGCAAAAACCGAGUAAAAUUGUUUCAACUAAGGGCACUAAGCAAGUCGGGGCGGUAACUUCUGGUGAAAGGGGAACGUUAGUUACCCUUUGUGCAGCUGUAAAUGCUAUAGGCAACGCUAUUCCUCCCAUGUUUAUAUUCCCUAGGAAGAGAUUCAAACCAUUUUUCAUGACCGGGGCUCCAACUGGUUCAAUCGGAGAAGCCAAUGGUUCUGGCUGGAUGGACACAGACACAUUCUUCACCUAUAUAAAACAUUUUGCCAAAUAUAGUAAACCUUCACAAGAAAAUAAAAUCCUCCUGCUUCUCGACAAUCAUAGAUCACAUUUAGGGCUAAAAACUAUCGACUUCUGCAGAGACAACGGAAUCGUUCUUCUGUCAUUUCCGCCUCACACUUCGCAUAAAUUACAGCCCUUAGAUCGAAGUGUAUAUGGUCCACUAAAAACAUAUAUGAACAGUGCUAUGGACGCUUGGAUGAAAAAUCAUCCCGGACAGACCAUGGGGAUAUAUGACUUACCAGGACUUGUCGCCGAAGCAUUACCAAAAGCUACUACGCCAACUAACAUCCUUAGUGGAUUCAAAGUGUCGGGAAUAUUUCCUUUUAAUAGAGAUGUGUUUCAAGACUACGAGUUUUCACCCUCUCUACCGACUGACACCCCUUUAACCACCAACCUAUACAACGCAGCAGAGAUCCCCCAAUUAGUUCAAACUGACCCUAUUCCAUCAACAUCACGAGAAUCUGAUCAUAUCAUUGGCAAUAAAACACCAACGAAAAUAGAUACUCACCAAAUAGACGCAUUAAACAAUUCCAAAGAAUUAUUGGAAACAAUUCGGCCCUUUCCAAAGGUUCCAUUAAAUCUCAAGAAAAAAGUUAUAAGGAAAAAGAGAUCAACGGCAAUACUAACUGAAACACCUGAGAAGAUGGCACUUGAGGAAGAGGCAUCCAAACUUCGAAAAAAGAACGCUGAGAAAGUAAAGAGAAAGGUGUAUAAGAAAAAAAGUGUAGUUUCUAGUUCAUCGGAUGAGGACGACGCAGUAUGUCUGUAUUGCCUAAAGCCCUACUCCAAUGACAAGCGUGGUGAGGAGUGGAUACAGUGUCAAUCCUGCAAGAGCUGGUGCCAUUCGGACUGUAGAGAUGAAGAGGAUAGCUUUUUCUUCUAUUGCAUCAACUGCAGAGAUUAA